ACAAUGGGAAAAUCUUGGUCUAAAUCGUCUACUCCUCCUCCUCCUACUCCAGACUUUGAUCCACCGUGGAGGAAAGUGGAAUGGACCCACAAGGAGCUACUGAUAAAUCAGUUAAAAUCCAUUCAGCUGAACCAUCCAGAGCUCCAGAAUCUGAGAAUCCUGCUCCAUGGACCAGUAGGAGCGGGAAAAUCCUGCUUCAUAAACUCUGUGAUGAGCGCCUUCCAUGGUGAAGUUGUAACCAUGGCACGUGAACAAGCGAAUGCAAAAAAAAGCUGCACAAAAACUUACAAAGCAUACCAAAUUACCACCAAGGACAAUGAGAAUCUGCCAUUCAUCUUCAAUGACGUUAUGGGCCUGGAAGCAACAGAAGAAGAUGGAAUGCAUCCUGACGAUGUUGUUAAUGCGUUGCUGGGCCACAUAAGGGAAGACUACCAGUUUAACCCGACUUGCCCUAUAAGUGAAAAGGACCCAAGCUUCAUAAGGGAACCCAGUCUACAGGACAAAGUUCACUGUCUGGUGAGUGUGGUGUCUGCAAGCUCCAUCUCCCGAAUGGAAAAGGAUGUUAUCAACAAGAUGGGAAUUGCUAGGGAAAAAGCCAACACUCUAGACAUCCCUCAUGUGGUGAUCAUGACGAAGGUAGAUGAUGACGUCUGUCCACUGGUUAAGAAAGAUCUACAAAAGAUCUACAUGAGCAAGAAAAUCAAAGAUAAGAUGCAGGCCUGCAGCAAUGACCUCGGCCCACCCAUGAAACUGAUCUUCCCUGUGAGCAACUAUUACGAGGAGAAUGAAACAAAUGACACCAAAGAUGUUUUGAUUCUAUUGGCAUUAGUGGAAAUUGCAAAAAUUGCUAGGCGUUGUGUUAGACAUUGAGUGACCUGUGACCAAUCAGUGACCUUACUUACAUACAUACAAUGUCCAAACUCUUGAAAAUGACU